UAUAUACUGACCUGCUGUAGAGAUUGCCAGGUGGGCUUUUUGUCUUUUCCUUUGGUAAACAGGUGUUUUAUGUGUUCCCUGUGCAGGCCAGUACAAUGGUGGCAGUUGGUCUGACCAUAGCAGCAGCUGGAUUUGCAGGUCGCUAUGCACUAAAAGCUAUGAAACAAAUGGAGCCACAAGUAAAACAAGCACUUCAGAACCUACCAAAACCUGACUUCAGUGGCUAUUACAGAGGUGGAUUUGAACCCAAAAUGACUAAACGAGAAGCAGCUUUAAUACUAGGAGUGAGCCCUACAGCAAACAGAAGUAAAAUCAGAGAAGCUCAUAGACGAAUCAUGCUUCUGAAUCAUCCAGAUAAAGGUGGCUCUCCAUAUGUAGCAGCCAAAAUCAAUGAAGCUAAAGAUUUAUUGGAAGACCAGGCUAAAAAAUGAGAAAAUCAGAGGGUUUGUCCACGCAAAUGAUUAUUUUUGAUAAAUGGCUCAAGAAAAGUUCUAAUGUCAGUCUUUGACUUAAUAUAAAUUAAGCUGGAAAUAUGAAUUCAGGGAGGUACUUCCCUCCCGACUCACUUCUUAGUUACUUUUUGGGGAAGUUUGUGAGCAAGCGAGACUUCAGGGUUUUGUUUUCAUAGCUGUUCUUUAUUAAGCUGCAAAAUCUGCCACUCAGAACUGUUUUCAGUGUAAAAGAGUACUAAGUGGUUUGGUCAAUGCAUGUUACCAGACUUCCUUGCCGUUACCUAAUUUUUGUUAAAGUAGCUAUGUUUGAAGUUCAUGGUGCUGUUCUUCCACAUGCCAAAGGCAGCACGAGGGACCGUUUUGGGGAGCAGGUGUUAAAAAACAAGAGGAUUUAUUUGAUGGGAAGGAUUGGACAGAUGUGGUUGUCUAUGGCUGAAGAAAUAAAGUAUAGGAAACUACAUGCUAAAUUGUCUUUGCCUUGUGAAUAACAAGGUUGGUUGAGCUGCUUCAGCAUUGCUGAUGGGUCUGGAAUGUCCCAGAUUUUUUAGUAACUUUCAGUUUUUAAUGAAUUUUAUAGCAUUUAAUAAAUCCUAAAUUUGUAUUAA